CUGGCACAGGAGGAGUUACGGGAAAAGCUACCUCACAGAUGACUGCUUCCCUCUUUAACCACCACCCCCAACUGUUCUUAUAGGAACAAUUCACAUUAUCAAUUGUGCUUGAGUUCAGUGCACAUAAACAAGUGCAACAGAGAGCCAAGAGCAUUGUGAAAUGCAUCUAGGCAGGUGAACACCUGCUUGUCUCGUGUUACAAUAAACUGGUGCUGCGGACACAAUCAGAGCCACACCUGAGACAGGACAGGCAGAUUUGGAACAGUUUGCUUCACCACUGCAGAGAAAAGCUGGAUGCAAGCAAAAGCCGACCUACCUACCUACCCACAGCACCGGAGUCUCACGGGAUGAGUGUAUCGGCCCAGCGGCGAGUUUUGUCCAAAGACGGCCACAACAAUGCGCGGGUCGAUAAUUUAGAGGGCAAGAUGCAGCUCUACCUGCACGACAUCUGGACCACAGUGUUGGACAUGAAGUGGCGCUACAAGCUCACUCUCUUCAUCUCCACCUUCUUCACCACCUGGUUCGCCUUUGGCAUCCUCUACUACCUUAUCGGCCUGAAGAACGGCGACAUCGACAUCCCGCCGACGUCUAACCACACGCCAUGCAUUGCGAAUGUGGCCACGCUGACUUCGGCGUACCUCUUCUCUCUGGAGUCGCAGACCACCAUUGGCUAUGGCUUCCGUCACAUCAACGAGGAGUGUUCCCUGGCCAUCCUAGCACUGGUGGUGCAGCUGGUGAUGACAGGCCUGGCCGAGAUCUUCGUGACCGGUGCCUUCCUGGCCAAGCUGGCGCGGCCCAAGAAGAGGGCGGAGAGCGUCAGGUUCAGCCGCUACGCGGUGGUGUGCGCGCGCCAUGGCAAGGCAUGCGUGAUGGUGCGUGUGGCCAACAUGAGGAAUAGCCUGCUGGUGCAGUGCCAGAUCAAUGGGAAGCUCCUGUCCCCCUACAUCACCGAGGAGGGAGAGAAGAACCUGCUCCACCAGGUUCCCGUGAACUUCCGGCUUGACUCUAGUGAUGAGUGGCCAUUCCUCGUUGUGCCCCUCACCUUCUACCAUGAGCUCGACGAGAGCAGCCCACUGGCUGGCCUAACUGCCGAAAGCCUGAAGACCAGUGACUUUGAGUUGGUGCUCUCUCUCAGUGCCUCCACAGAGUCCACGGGCACCUUCUGCCAGUGCCGCACCUCCUACACUCCACAGGAGUUCCUGUGGGAUUGUGAGUUUGAGCCUCUGAUCUUUGUCGCACCUAGGGGCAGGCCUAUCAUAGACUUCGGCUUCUUUGACAAGGUUCAGGCGAGCAUGGAAUCCUCACUGCUCCAGAACCCCAAAACUGAGAAGCUGAGGCUGGAGGAUGAGUACAGGAGAGAGUGAAAGCAAAGGAGGAGAAGACAGGAAGGAGGAAGGUAGCUGUGCACCACGUCAAGUUGGUGCCGAGGAUUAGAUAGGCAGGUUACAUCCUACAUGCCAAAGAGUGACCACAGAAUCAUGUAGAACAUUUUAGAUGCGACCAAAGACUUCAAUCAGUCGAGUCAGAAUCAAGACCAAGACCAAAAGGGGUUAGACGGACAAGUCUGAGUCAAACGGGAGACCAAAAAUUGCUUUAAAAAGGUUUUUUAAAAAGUUACAUACAAGACCAUGAAUCUUAGUAAUUUAAAUAUUUUUUUUGCCAAGGGGACUUGGGGGUGGAGGUGAGACGCCGGCAGGGAACUGGAUAUUCUCAACGGACGAAAGUGUACGCCAUACAUGCGCCUGAUAAUAAAAGAUCCAUCAUAUUUGAGGACUAAAGAAUGGCUUCAUUCUUAUGGUGAACAAUAAGCCAUAUAUGUAUUUGGAUAAAAUGCAGAAACUACUUAGGAAAUGCCCUAGAUGUUCUGAACAGCAUGUUUUCCAACUCCUGAAGGUUUGUGUCUGUGUAUCAAAUAAUUGUUUUCUAAUUUUCAGUCUAUGUAGUGAUUAUUUAUCUAUAUAUUUAUAGUUUAAAUGAUAGAUCUGAUACAUAAUGAGAAAAAUAUAAACUAGGGUGAAAUGGUUUUCGGUUUAUUAAACAAAUAUAAGACCAUAGUCCAUAUUCGAAAGCUCAAAAUCUUCAGCAUGUUUCAAUUAUUGAAUAAAAAAACUGUUCUGCUUCAGACAUAUCCUCAGCCUGUUUUUCUGAGGAUCAUAUUUUUUCUGGCUUUGUUGUGGCAACACUCAGAGCACGCUCAGUGUGUCUGUCUGUCAGUGUGCUCUGAGGGCUGAGCAAGAGGGCUGAGACAACAGAGAGUAUAAUGGUCUCUGUUUAGGAGCAGAACACUGUGCAACAACACUGGGCCCUUACACAUUGAGCAGUUUGGUUUGAAAAUAGUUUAUUAAAUUGACUCAGUAGAAAAUCAUAUAAUUUAUGAAAGUUUAUGCUUUACUGCUUCUGUCAGCAAUCUCAGAGCAUUAGCUCUCUUGCUCAGUUGAGAGAGAUUCACAGAGUUUCGCUUUUCCCACUGUAAAUCCUGCCAACAACGAGGUCCAAAUGCCAUACCAGACCAGCUUCCACAAAAACAAUACAUUUUACAUUAGCACAUAUAGCUCGCAUUUGUAAACAAUUGUAUAUAAAGCUUAAAGUUGAAAGGCCACAAUUGUUUUGACCAACCUUGGUCCACAUAUAUUUUUUUCUAAAAUUAUCAUUAAAAUGUCUAUCUUUGGCUGGCUGAGA